UGUGUGUUGCUCUCUUUGUGUGCAUUGGCGUUGAAUUUUUCAAGAAGUAUUUUGUCUGCAAAAAUUUUACAAGUGCGCCAAACAAUUAGAAGAAUUUGCAAGAAAUUGUCAAUUCUUGGCUUUUGAGCCUCUAACAAUUGCAAUAAGCAAGAAAGCUGGUAUUUUCUUGCUGUUUUUGUAUAAUCCAGCUCGUCUGCGGUAGAGAAGUGAAUUUUUCAUUGGCUGCCUUUGAUUAGGUCGCAAAAAACUAUUUUUCUUGGCGGUCGGUGAGGCGAGGAAGAUUGAAGCAGCAUCAACAUGUCGAACAUUGUGCUGGAUAAGGAUACAUUUCUAAGACGAAUAAAGCGUCUCUAUGAUGAAUGGAAGGAACCCAGCAUAGCCCACGAUGAUGCUCUCAAAAAAGUCGAUUGUAUCAUGUCAGUCGUGGGUGUGGAUGAGGACAUUGUCUAUUCCAAAUCAACAGCAUUACAAACCUGGUUACUGGGUUAUGAACUUACCGAUACCAUAUCAAUAUUUGCCGCUGAUGGCGUCUACUUUUUAACGAGUAAAAAGAAAAUUGAAUUCCUGAAACAAAUAGAGAACUGCAAGGCAGAUGGAGUGCCGGAAAUUAAACUUUUGGUGCGAGACAGGAAUGACAAAGACAAAGCCAAUUUUGAUAAGCUAAAGGGAAUCAUUAAAUCAUCCAAAGAAGGCAAGAAAUUGGGCGUGUUCAUCAAGGAUGGCUUCCCGGGAGAAUUUUGUGAAUCUUGGAAAUCAGCACUGAAAUCGGCAGCAUUUGAAAAUGUUGACAUUAGUGGAGCCAUUGCCUAUAUUAUGUGUCCAAAGGAUGAACCCGAAAUCAAUAACAUACGCAAAGCCUCAUUGGUUUCGGUGGACUUGUUCAAUAAAUAUCUCAAAGAUCAAAUAAUGGACAUUAUCGAUUCGGAUAAGAAAGUAAAACAUGCCAAAUUAUCCGAAGGCGUAGAAGCAGCCUUAACUGAUAAGAAAUAUGUCACCGGCGUCGACAGCUCCCUAUUGGAAAUGUGCUACCCGCCCAUUGUACAAUCCGGUGGAACGUACAGUUUAAAGUUUUCCGCUUUAAGCGAUAAAAAUCACCUACAUUUCGGAGCCAUUGUAUGUUCGCUGGGUGCCCGCUACAAAUCCUAUUGUUCAAAUAUUUCGCGCACAUUCCUGGUUAAUCCCUCGCAGGAAAUUCAGGAUAACUACAAUUUCCUUGUCAAUGUGCAAGAGGAAAUUCUUAAGCUACUUAAACCUGGAGCAAAACUCAAUGAUAUCUAUGACCAUGCCGUAGAAUAUGUUAAGAAGGAGAAACCUAAACUGUUGGAUAACUUUACUAAAAAUUUUGGUUUUGCCAUGGGCAUAGAAUUUCGGGAAAAUUCUAUCAUUAUUGGACCCAAAUGCACUGCCGAGGUAAAGAAGAACAUGGUAUUCAAUAUUAAUGUUGGCAUCUCGGGUCUUACCAAUUCGGAUGCCUCGGAGAAGGAAGGCAAAACCUAUGCCCUUUUCAUUGGUGACACAGUUUUGGUGGGCGACCAAUCACCUGCCAGCAUAAUGACGCCUUCCAAGAAAAAAAUAAAAAAUAUUGGCAUUUUCAUCAAAGAUGACAGUGAAGAAGAGGAUGGCGAUGAAAAGGAGGAGGUGAAGGAGGACAAAAGCUCCCAAAUGUUGGGUCGAAGUAAACGCAACACUGUAUUGGACACUAAAUUGCGUACGGAGACGAAUACCGAGGAGAAACGCAAACAACAUCAAAAGGAAUUGGCGCAAAUACUCAAUGAAAAGGCCAAAGAGCGCCUUUCCAAACAGAAUGAUUCCAAGGAGGUGGAAAAGGUGCGCAAAAAUACUGCCUCCUACAAGUCGAUGAGUCAAAUGCCGCGAGAGCCCGAGGUUCGUGAACUCAAAUUAUAUGUGGAUAAAAAAUACGAAACUGUUAUCAUGCCGGUGUUUGGCAUACCAGUACCGUUUCAUAUUUCCACCAUUAAGAAUAUUUCACAAUCGGUUGAGGGUGAAUACACGUAUCUGCGUAUAAACUUUUUCCAUCCCGGCGCAACCAUGGGUAGGAAUGAGGGUUAUCAAUUUCCCAAUCCGGAAGCCACAUUUGUAAAAGAGCUCACCUAUCGUAGUUCAAAUAUUAAAGAGCACGGCGAGGUAGUUGCUCCCUCCUCCAAUUUAAACAAUGCUUUCCGUCUAAUUAAGGAAGUGCAAAAACGCUUCAAAACUCGUGAAGCCGAAGAGAGGGAAAAGGAGGAUCUUGUCAAACAAGACACACUGAUACUGUCACAAAACAAGGGUAAUCCCAAACUUAAGGAUCUGUAUAUACGACCGAAUAUUGUUACCAAACGCAUGACUGGCAGUUUGGAGGCCCACACCAAUGGCUUCCGCUACAUCUCGGUGAGAGGUGAUAAAGUCGACAUUCUCUACAAUAACAUCAAAAGCGCCUUUUUCCAACCAUGCGAUGGUGAAAUGAUAAUUCUGUUACAUUUCCACUUGAAGCAUGCCAUUAUGUUUGGCAAAAAGAAACAUGUCGAUGUACAAUUCUACACAGAGGUGGGUGAAAUCACCACAGAUUUGGGUAAACAUCAGCAUAUGCACGAUCGUGAUGAUUUGGCAGCCGAGCAGGCGGAGAGGGAAUUGCGGCACAAGUUGAAGACGGCAUUUAAGAGUUUCUGCGAGAAAGUAGAAUCGAUGACAAAACACCAAGUCGAGUUUGAUACACCAUUCCGUGAGCUGGGUUUCCCUGGUUGUCCCUACCGCAGUACCGUCACCCUCCAACCCACCUCCGGCAGUUUGGUCAAUCUCACCGAAUGGCCACCAUUUGUUAUUACACUGGAUGAUGUGGAAUGUUUGCAUUUUGAGCGUGUCCAGUUUCAUUUACGGAAUUUCGAUAUGGUUUUCAUCUUUAAGGACUAUCACAAAAAGGUGGCUAUGGUCAAUGCGGUACCCAUGAAUCUAUUGGAUCAUGUCAAGGAAUGGUUAAAUUCCUGCGACAUUCGCUAUACCGAAGGCAUUCAAUCUUUGAAUUGGGCCAAGAUUAUGAAGACUAUUACCGAUGAUCCUGAAGGUUUCUUCGAGCAAGGCGGCUGGUCAUUUUUGGACCCUGAAUCAGGCAGUGAAGAUGAAAAGGAAGAAGCUGAAUCUGAAGAAGAUGAAGCAUAUGAGCCUACAGAUUUGGAUUCGGAUGUAGAAUCUGACGAUGAUUCUGAGUAUUCAGAAGCUUCUGAGGAUGACAGUGACGACGAUAGUGAAGAACUAGGCUCUGACGAAGAAUCCGGUAAGGAUUGGUCUGAUUUGGAGCGUGAAGCUGCCGAAGAAGAUCGUAAUCGUGACUACGAAGAUGUUGAUACCGGCAAACAUAAUGGCAAACAUCAUUCUAAACAUUCGAAGAGUUCAAAACACAGUCGGCGAGAUCGUGCUGUGGCCGAACAAAACCACAAGAAACGCAAAUCACAUUCUUCAUCGUCUGCGAAUCCUUCAUCAAAAUCUUCUAAAUCCACAAAUAGCCCUGUGAAAUCAUCGCACAAGGAUAAACAUCACGAUCGUAGUCGUGACAAACAUCAUUCCUCGUCUUCGUCGCACAAGGACAAAGAUCGCGACAAGAGCCGUCAUCAUCACAGCAGUAGCAGUAGUAGUCAUAAACGUUCACGCGAUGAUAGUCGAGACGGUGGCCACCAUAAGUCCAAAAAAUCACGUCACUGAAAUCCCUCCAGUUUCCUUUAUUUCUAUUGUAACAGCAAUCUUCCCUUUCCAGUCAAUUCUAUUCUAUUCUUUCUAUUGCAGUUUCAUAUCCCACUUUUGUACUCAUUUUUAAGUUGUUGUCUAAGCCUUUCCUUUCUCUCAUUCUUUUCUACAUAGCAUUUAAAUGCUACCGAAAAUUCGUUCUUGUAAAAAGCCUAUAAAAAAUUAAAAAAAAAAAAUCAUUUUGUUUCUCGUUAUUCUUCUUGGUUUGAUGAUAUUUUUACUUUUACCUUCAUUUUCAUUGUUAUGUAAUUCUGUAUUACAAAAUUCUAUCAUAUUCUCUCAGCAAGACUCUUCAUUCUACUGUUGUCACCAUGUGAAUGGAAAAAAUCCAUCGUUUUUUUCUAAGAAACAUUUUAAGUUUAUACAAAAAGAAAACAACAUUUAUGAAUAAAAAAAUGUCAACAAAAAUUUUA